AUGAAGCGCUAUACGUGCGGCCGCCCACGACAAUACCAUCACAAAGACCCAAUAUUUGGGCUAGACCUGUACAGAAAGACUGUGGCCACCAAAGCUAAAGGCGACUAUAGGCAUACGCUUCAAGGCUUCUUUCACCGCUACGGAAAGACAUUUGAAGCCCACGUCUUCGGUCAAACCGUAAUCUACACCUCUGACGUAGAGAAUAUCCAAGCUAUCAAUACAACGGAGUUCGAGAACUUCGGCGUUGAAGGUAUCAGGAAGCAAGCCAAUGCAAGCUGGAUUGGAGAGGGAGUUUUUGUUUCUGAUGGCGAGAUUUGGAAACACGCGAGGAAGGUUGUCAUGCCGAUUUUUGCGCGGAAGCAGAUAGCGGACUUGAAAAGGUUUGGGGAGCAUCUAGAGAGGAUGAUGGAACUUGUGCCGGGGAAUGGGGAGACGGUGGAUUUGAGGCCGCUUUUGAGGAGGCUGGUAAAGCUGAUGGUUUCCUUUCCUAAGUUUCUCGACACAUCCACAGACUUUCUGUUCGCCGAAUCUGCCGAUACUCUACUUCCCCAUUCCUCCAAACUAGACGCUGAGAAGUUCCUCGCCUCCUUCGACCGAGCAAUGCUAGGCGUAGACCGACGUAUGUCGCUUCGGGGUCUAAGCUUCCUAUGGGGUCGCGUUACAAGAGAUCGAGAGUGGAAAGAGGCAUGUGCAGAAACCCACGCCGUCGUCGAUAGAUAUAUCGAGCGCGCUCUAUCCAAAAAAUGCGACAGCGAGGCAACUUCCUCACCGCAACAGAGCUAUGACACGGCCCAUGCCGAUAGUACUAUCCCAGCGGAUCAGAAACAGCCAGUCUCGUUCCUACAUGAGCUGGUCAAGGAGACAAAUGACCGCCAGUUCAUCCGCGACCAAAUAAUCAGUCUCUUCUUUCCCGCCCGGGAUGCAAACGCCAUCGCAAUCAGCGACCUCUUCUUCCAGCUGGCCCGAAAUCCACGCGUCUGGGCUAAGUUACGUGUCGAGGUCCUCAGUCACGACGAACCGAUCACGUUUGAGAGUCUGAAGAGUAUGAAGUAUCUCCAAGCUGUCCUGAAUGAAAGUCUUCGCCUCCUCGCCCCCGCCUCCGUCUCCCGCCGUACAUGCACUCACACCACCACCCUCCCUCUUGGCGGCGGACCUGAUGGCUCCUCCCCCAUCCUCGUCCUCCCCGGCACCCACGUUGACUCCCACUUCGGCAUCAUGCAGCGCGAUACCAGCAUCUGGGGAUCCGACGCCGAAGCCUUCCGUCCCGAGCGCUGGAUCGAGGGGGCUCUGCGACCCGGUUGGACUUAUGUGCCGUUUCUGGGUGGGGGAAGGAUUUGUCCGGCGCAGCAGAUGGUUUUGUGUCAGAUGGGGUUUGUGUUGGCGCGAUUUGUGGGGAAGUUUGAGGGCAUCUUGAACAGGGAUCCCGUGGAGGAAUCUAACGCUGCUGCAGCUCAAUGGCGACGAUGCCCAUUGACCAUGCGGCCAGCUCCAAGAUCAUUCAUUAAGCUUGCGCGAGUCAACUUCCGGCCGGCUCGUCGAGGCCUGCUGACCCAGUCAUAUUCUCGAGGUCCCUCACAGCCUCCACUGCUCGAGCAAACUGUGGGCGAGCACUUCCAUUCGAUCGUCUCUCGAUACGGCGACCGUACAGCAGUCGUCUCUCGCCAUCAACGAACGCGCCUGACAUACGACGGGCUCGACAGAAAGAGCAAUGACUUGGCACGGGGUUUGUUGCAAAGAGGAGUGAAAAGGGGCGACCGAGUCGCUGUGUCGCUAGGGAACAAUAUUGAGUAUGCCAUUGCAACAUACGGCCUCUUCAAGAUUGGUGGAAUACUUGUGCCACUGAACCCUGGCUUCAACGCCCAGCAAGUCAUAGCUGCUUUGGCCCACCUUGAGGCCUCACAUUUAAUAAUUGGUACCGAGACUCAUUUACCGCGCAAAGAGCCCCGCUCAAAUAUCCAGCUGCUUCGGCAGUUGAUACCCGAUCUUCAAGGCCGAAAGAUCGAGUCAGAAGCCGUGCCGUCUCUCCAAGAAGUGAUCAUUGUCGACAAUUCCCAGGGGCGCAUAGAUCCGUCGCUUCUCAGACCCGCCGUCAACUAUAACAUCGUCCUCUCCGAAGGCUCCGAGCCGAGCUCCCUACCAAAGCAGUUCCUACAUCCAGAUGAAAUAGUAAACAUUCAGUUCACCUCAGGCACAACUUCUCUCCCCAAAGCCGCCUGUCUAACUCACCACUCGAUCCUCAACAAUGGCAAAAGUAUCGGCGACCGUAUGCUUCUCACAGAGCAAGAUACAGUCUGCUGUCCGCCACCACUCUUCCAUUGCUUUGGUUGCAUACUCGGCUACAUGGCCACCGCAACCCAUGGCUCUGCCAUAGUUUUCCCUACUGAAGCAUUCGAUCCUUACGCCACAUUAAAAGCUGUGCAAGAAGAGAAAUGUACGGCUCUUUAUGGCGUCCCAACAAUGUUCAUUGCCGAACUAGAGCUGCUGCAAAGUAACAGAGUACCAUAUACAGGGUUCGAGCACCUGAGGACUGGCAUCGCAGCUGGCUCAAGCAUCCCUGCCGAGCUCAUGCGGAAGUUGCAUAAGAUACUCAAUCUAACAGAGUUGACUAUCUGCUACGGUAUGACAGAGACCAGUCCAGUCUCUGCUAUGACAACGACAGACGAUCCUCUCGAGAAACGGAUCGAUAGCGUCGGUAAGCUUCUCCCGCACGUCGAAGCUAAAGUCGUAGCCCCCAUGGAUCACACAAAAACCCUUCCAGUAGGCCAAAGGGGAGAACUAGCAGUCCACGGCUAUUUAGUAAUGAAAGAAUACUGGAGUGCGCCCGACCGAACGGCGGAAGUCAUGAUAGCUGACGUUGAUGGCAAAGUGUGGAUGCAUACAGGCGAUGAGGCUGAGAUGGAUGAAGAUGGGUACAUUAAAAUUACGGGAAGGAUUAAGGAUAUCAUUAUCAAAGGAGGGGAGAAUAUCCAUCCAUUGGAGGUGGAAAAUUGUAUCUUCGGGAUUGAGGCAGUGAAGGAGGUCAGUGUGGUUGGAUUGGCCGAUGAAACGUAUGGAGAGGUGGUCGCUGCAUUUGUGGUCAAGCAGGACGGAACAAGCGUCACCGCGGAUGAGGUGAGGAAGUGGGUUAGGGAGAAACUGAGUCAUCAUUUGAUACCCAAGUACGUCUUCUGGGUCGACAACUACCCUAAAACCGCAAGUGGGAAAAUACAGAAAUUCAAGCUCAAAGCGGAAGGUAUCAAGCUCGUGAAGGAAGGUAAGGGGUUGCAAUGA